UUUUCGUGGACCUGUUUUUUUUGACAGCAGAGAAAGCACGUUAGUUCAUAAACGUCAAUGUUUACAGUCAUCAUUAGAAAAGUUAACCAUGAUACCAGUGGCGUCUGGACUCUACAUCGGGUCAGUGUCUGAUCUGAAGGAUGCUGGAUGUCUGACAGCUGCAGGCAUAACACACAUUCUGACUGUAGACUCAGAGGAAGCUUCUGUCACUGGAUUCAACACCAAAUUCAUCCGAGCUCUGGAUGAUGAGUCCACAGACCUCCUGAGCAGACUGGAUGACUGUACCAGCUUUAUUUCUGAUGCCCUCAGCACACAAACUCACUCCAAAUCAGCAGCAGUUCUUGUGCAUUGCCAUGUAGGGCAAAGCAGAAGUGCUGCAGUGGUGACAGCUUACCUGAUGAAAACACAGCACCUGAAUUUACAGAAAGCAUAUUCUAAGCUGCAAAACAUAAAACCAGAUGUCAAAAUGAAUGAAGAGUUUCUGGACCAGCUGGCACUUUAUGAAUUAAUGGACUGUAAAGUAGACACCACAAGUCCUGUUUACAAACAGUUUAGGCUGAAAAAGAUUACAGAGAAAUAUCCAGAGCUCCAGAAUGUGCCAAAAGAUGUCUUCGCUGUUGACCCUUCGCAAACCCAGAAUGCAGAAGCUGUAUACAGAUGUAGAAAGUGCAGACGCACACUUUUUCGUCACUCCAGCAUUCUCAGUCACUAUGUGGGAAGUGGAGCAUCUGCAUUUUCUCAUAAGAAGACGAGGAUUGCGAGCUCUACGGCUGAAGAUGAAACACAGUGCACUUCCUAUUUCAUAGAGCCAGUGCAGUGGAUGGAGCAGGCUUUACUUGGGGUCAUGGAUGGACAGCUUCUGUGUCCUAAGUGCAACUCAAAGCUGGGCUCCUUUAACUGGUAUGGUGAACAGUGUUCGUGUGGCCGCUGGGUUACACCGGCCUUCCAGAUGCACAAGAACAGAGUGGAUGAAAUCAAACACAUCAGUAUAUCUGCACUCAAAUGACACUUCAAUAAACUUCUGUAUUAUAUGCACAGAAGUUUUUUUUUUUUAUCGGUAAGCUAUUUGUUUACUCCAGUCUGUCACAUGAUCCUCCAGAAAUCAUUCAUAAUAUGCUGAUUUGGUGCUGCAAAAAUAAAAUAAAAUUCUGUA